AUGGAGAACCAGUAUUCCUCGCUUCGAGAAGCAUGCGCCGAUCCAGAUGCACUAUUCGCGAUCCCACAAAAUGACUUGCUGCAACUAGUCUACCAGGAUUUCUCGGCGGAUAUUGACCGUUUAAAACGGGCUUAUUCGAUUCGCGAUGGGUGGUGCCCCCCCCGAUUCCCCAUCUCCGAGAACUACGAUGAGGUCAAUAGAACCCUGGUGGGGAUUCUCUCUCUGCGUUGGAUCCAUCUGGAGCAAUACGAAGCCUUUGUGUCGUCGCAACCAUCGGAAAUCCAACUAACAAAAGAAUCGUUCGACUGGAUUCAAGGCUUCUAUACGCAGACGAUCAGUGAUUCGAAUACCCUAUACGCGCUAAUCAUGUCCAUUGUCAUCAACGAUCUGGGGAAAGACCCGCAAUUGGCGUUGGAUUAUGAAGAAUCGACCGGCGAAAACAUUUCGCAUAUCAACCAUGACGCAGUUCUUCUCAAAGCAUGUAGUGCUGGUCUCAUCCGGUCUCUCGAAAGACUGCCUUGCCGAGACAGAGAAGAUAUCGUGCGCGCAAUUGAACUCGGCGCGACUUUCAACUUUGGCCAACUAGCACAAGCGGAGAAUGUUCCCGUCUGCCUCACGGGUCUCCUGAAAAUGAGGUGCAGCCCUCGCAGCUUUCAGCUCCGAUUCAUGGAGCAACUAUUAGAUAUUGCUGGAGCAGCAGGCCACAUGGACUGGACGUGCGCCAAGAAGCUCACUCAACCGAUCUUUCAAUCUUAUCAAAACGUCUAUGACGCCUGCCAGGGUGUUAUUUCAGGAAGUUUGGACAUUCGCGGUGGAUAUGAUCUCAUUCUCAUUCGGCGGGCACAGUUUCUUCAUGAUCAGGGCUUCCGGCCCCUCUGCGUGCAGGAGUCCUCGAGUGAUCGCGCCUUGAUGCGGAUAUUCUGCAUGGGAAAUGCGAACACCCUGGAAAAGGCAAAGCUUUUCGAAGAUGCGUGGAAUUGCCUCGAUGACGCAACUAGAGAGAGCCUCGUGCGUGGCUUGAAUAUUGAUGGGCACAGUGGGGAACCGGCUGUACAACCGACAUAUAUGCCUGCUUUCCUGAGUCGAAUUACGAGUGUGACAACUUUGACAUAUGCGCUAUGCUACCUCUCACGCAUGUUGAAGGUCGUUGAGCCUCAGGAUCCGUCAACUCUCGUCAUUGAGAGGAGUGUCCUGGGGGCGAUGAAACAAUUUGUCGAGACUGGAAUUUUCGAUCAAGAUCCUACUAUUUUAGAAAGUGUUGAUAUACCAGAGAGUGUUGUCGCACAGACAACAUUAUAUUAG